AUGAGCUUUGCAUUUGGAACGUGGAACGUGGUUCCUGACCGGAAUUUGGUGGAGGUACUUUUACUUUUUCUGCGGCCUUCGUCUGCAUCCAGCUGCACUCCAUUUAAUGCUGCAUUCGACGGCUCUCUGCCAUCUUGGCCACAGCAAGAGACGGAAGCGCUACUUUGCUGUUCUCCUGGAGUCGCCAAGCUGGAGCUGGAAGUGGAGUUCCGGCGGUUCGGGGCCGCGGCUGCUGGGCAACGCCUCCUCCAGACCGAGACCCCAGCGCAGAAUGACCAGAAGGUGGUGGCCUUCCGGCGGAGUGUCCGCGCCAGGAACGUGCUGCGCUGGUUCUCCACCACGGUCCUGUAUGCCGCCUUCCUGGGGCUGGGAAUGACUGUUGCCAUAUUGGGACCCACAUUUCCAGACCUGGCAAGAAGUGUGAACCAGAAUAUCAGCAGCCUUUCUGACAUCUUUGUUGGCCGGGCCCUCGGCUACUUUUGUGGCUCUGUGGUUGGUGGGGUGCUUUUCGACUGCAUGAAUCAUUUUCUACUUUUAGGAAUGUCAAUGUUGGCUACCACAAUUGGUCUUUAUCUUAUUCCUUUCUGCAAGACGGCAACAUUACUGAUUGCCAUGAUGUCUGUAUUUGGUGUCUCAUUUGGUGCUCUGGAUACAGGUGCAAAUGUCCUCAUCUUGGAUCUCUGGGGGGACAAAGGAGCCCCACAUAUGCAGGCCUUGCACUUCAGUUUCGCCUUGGGUGCCUUUCUGGCUCCCCUGCUGGCUAAGUUGGCCUGGGGUACACCUGGAACCAUGAUUGUGCUGAGCAACAUCGGCAGCCUGGCCUCAUGUUUCUUUCUGGUGCUUUUUGACAAGAGCCCUCUUUGUCUGUGGAUCGCGACUUCUGUGUAUGGAGCCUCAAUGGCAACCACAUUUCCCAGUGGAGUUUCUUGGAUUGAGCAGUACACCACCUUAACUGGGAAAUCUGCAGCGUUCUUUGUAAUUGGUGGUACCGUGGGAGAAAUGGCCAUUCCAGCAGUGAUCGGAAUUCUUCAGGGACACUACCCAGAUCUGCCAGCAGUCUUCCUAGGGAUUGGAACAAUUGUGUCACCCAUCAGACAAGGCUCUACCUCCCAGAGUGAAAAGCACCUGGGAAACCAGAGUAACACUCUGACGGUGGACACUCUGACGGUGGACACUCUGACGGUGGACACUCUGACGGUGGACACUCUGACGGCGGACACUGACGGUGGACACUCUGACGGCGGACACUGA